AUGGAGGACAUGCUUCGACAGGUCCGCCAGGACUACCACCCCAACACAGAGUUCUACCUCUGGGAAAUCGUUGCGGACUUUCACCGAGAAUACCGCGACCCUGGGAUGAUGUCAAAAUGGCAAUACAUUAACGCCUUCGUCCCAAGGAUCCACCCUUCGGUCGAGAAUGUAACCAGCAAUGUCUUUCAAAACACCUUCAUUAUUGCCGAUCCAGGAUAUUCGCCACCGCUGCGGCCGCAUAGUGCACCCAUUGUGGACCCAGGACCAGAUGUCACCAUAUCAACAAAUCCAACCAUCCCAGGAAGUCGACCUCAAUCUCAAAACGCUACCAUCAAUCGCCUGUCAGCCAGUUCCAACACAGACGACGCACUGGCUUGGAAAUUGAGCGCAAGUGCAAAGGCACGGCUAUUGUACAAAUCGAGCCCUUUCUACCAAAAUUUGAUGGCUCUCACGGUUCCUCAAUAUGGCCGAUCCUCGAGAAACGAAAGUGUUUUGACGUUCAAGCUCCGAAUCUCCUCGAGUUUAUCGCAGCAAUUGAUGAGUAAUCCACAGUACUCUAUCAUGGUGUUCUGUGCGAGCAAGGAGACCCCGACGAGCCAGCAGAUGUUAAUGGAGUUCCCAGAUGACUGCUAUAUCCGCGUGAACAAUCAAACGUUGGACUGGAGGCCCCGUGGCGUGAAAAAUAAGCCAGGAACAUUUACUCCAGUCGACAUCACGAGGUUCUGCCUGCUGCAAGAGUCGAGCGUCAAUCACGUCGAACUUCGCUACUCCAAUGCGUCCAAGAAGAAGAUCAACGACGACGAUAUCAUGGAGCUCUCGAGCACACUAUCUUUGAAAUGUCCAAGCCUGAAGAACGUGAACGUCCAUCCUGACGGGAGAUGGGAGAUCCCGGCAGCUAUCAUCUCUAUUGACAUUGACGACUCGACUUCUAUCCCGACUGACAGCGGAUCAUCGUCGUCUGAACCGACAUCGCACGGGACCGACAAUGGACCAAUAUAUGUGAUCGAUGACGACGAUGAUGAUGACGAGGACAAUCGAAAUGGGAGCGACAGCAGUUAUGACAUGGCCCUGGCGGACUUGAGUAUGGAGGCCAAGGAGGAUGAGGUGAACGGUGCCGGAUCAAGGAGUAAUUACGGGCCGUCAGGACGUCAGGAGAGCCAGCCGGUCAAGAACUACCCGCUCAUCACGAUAUCACCCAAGCCAGCUUCGACUUUAUUGCACCUAUACGUGUCAUCCCGGUCUCAACGCGUACCCGAAAAGCCGCAGUUCAUGGACUUGACCCUCUAUUCUUCAGACGAUGUGAUCGACCUGACAUCUGAUAACGAAGACGAGGACCAAGACCAGGACGAAGACGAUGAGGAGAAUGAAGAGGAGUUGACUCUCCACAGGAGAAAAAGAGCUUUUAUUCAACCCGACAACGACCCUUCCAACGAAAUCAACGACAUUACUCUCACCACCAACGAUAUCACUCUCACCAACAAAAGCAACAGUGGCAAUACUGGCAGCGACUCUGUCAAAUGCAGGCGUGUGUCAAACAAACACGACAACUACAAGAGGACCGCCAAUUCCCUUUCCGCGGCCAGCAACAACCCCGAACCAAGCGACACUAUCAUGGAAGAUUUGACCCAGCCAAGGAGCUUUGGUCCAGCUGAGGCUACGUCUACUUCAGCAAUGUUACCAAAGGACCCGAGACAAGCGGAACAAGGACACGCCCACCCUUAUCACACCAGCAAUCUUCAGUCGACCCUGCCACCGACGACACACUCCACGGCUCCAGUGACCUCGUUCACGCCAUCUGAACGUCUCUCAUCACCGACCAAUGGUGACCUGACAUUACUGCCGUUCGAGUCGGUUCCGUUUAUGAUCAGCUCGUUGGAUUCGAUUAUAGAAGGGAUUUCAGGACACCCGGGCGUGCCGGAGAAUGCGAUCCCUUCAUGGCCAGCAUACGAUCCAACGUUCGUGUCGUCGUACAUUCCAUACUCGCUAGGCAUCUUUGGACAGACUAGCGAUAUCAUAGGCGCAGAUGGAUACCAAGACCAAGCAGGACUACCAAGUAAUUGUGAACAAGGAGAGAGGUUCGAGGUGGAUGGAGGAGUAGGAAAUGGCGAUGGUGAAGGAUCAGAAGAACGACCGAAUAAGCGACCCUACACUGCAAGCGGCGUCCCUUCGUCCUCAUCUCACUUUAGCCCCGAACUGGAGCACGAGACAGAGGUUCACCUGAAAUCUGUGUUGAAGCAGUAUAUGGCGACUCCUGAUAUUUUCCUUUGA